CUCCUGCUGCAGUUGGGGGACGUCGGCCGCUUCCAGAAGAUCCAGAUGAUUCUGUUGAUUCUGCCCCUGCUCCUGACGUUUUUGCACAGCACCCUGCAGAACUUCACCGCCGUCAUCCCCACCCACCACUGCCGCCCCCCUGCCAACACCAACCUCAGCGAGGACAGGGACCCGGAGGCCUGGCUGCCCCGGGAUGGGCAGGGGCGGCCAGAGUCCUGCCUCCUCUUCACCUCCCCACAGCGGGGACCGCCCUUUCCCAACGGCACAGGGGCCACAGAACCCUGUCCCCACGGCUGGAUCUACGACAACAGAACCUUCCCUUCCACCAUCGUGACUGAGUGGGACCUUGUGUGUACACGCAAGACUUUGCUGCAGUUGAGUCAGUCCAUCUUCAUGGCAGGAAUACUGGUCGGAAACUUGAUGUCUGGGAUCAUGGCAGACAGGCUGGGCCGCCUGAAGGUGCUGACCUGGAGCUACCUGCUGUUAGUGGUCUCAGGGACCUGCGCUGCCUUCGCCCUCAACUUCUCAGCCUUCUGCGCUUGCCGAUUCCUCUCAGGCAUGGCUGUGUCUGGUGCCAGCAGCUCAUCUGUGAUUCUGAAUCUGGAGUGGCUGCCCAUCCAUGCCCGUCCAAGUCUGGGCCUCCUAUUAGGACUUGUUCCCACCCUAGGCCAGCUCUCCCUGGCAGGCAUGGCUUAUGCUCUGCCCCUCUGGCGCCACCUACAGCUGUUGGUGUCUCUGCCCCUCUUUGUCACCUUCGUCUACUCCAGGUUCUUCGUAGAGUCUGCCCUCUGGCACUCCUCCUUGGGGAACCUGGACGUCACCCUGAAGGCCCUGCAGAGAGUGGCCCAGAUCAAUAGGAAGCAAAAAGAGGGCGCCAAGCUGAGUGCAGAGCUGCUCCAGAUGAGUCUGCAGAAGGGCCAAGCCCAGCCGUCGAUGCUGCAGAUGCUGCGCUCCCCUGCUCUGUGUCAGCUCUUCUUCUGUAUCAUCCCACUGUGGCUCGUAAUUCUUUUCGGCCUCUAUGGCAUGGUCAUGAGUCUGCAGUUUGGAAUCAACAUCUACCUGGCCCACGUGUUCUUCACGAUUGUGGACCCACCAUUUUAUUUCCUGGGCUUUUUGGCCACCAAAUCACUUGGCCGCAAACGUACCCAAACAGCCUCCUUGCUGUUGUCGGGGGUCUUCACUGUGACCUGUGCCAUGAUCCCCCUGGAUCACAUAUUCCUCCGCAUCACGAUGGCCGUGAUAGGAAAAGGCUGUUUGGUUGGCUCCAUGAACUGCCUCCUUAUGUACAUGGGAGAGCUGUACCCCACAGUAAUGAGGCAGAGAGGUAUGAAUGUGACAAGCUGCUUGGCCAACAUAGGCAGCAUCCUGAGCCCGCUGGUGGGCAUGACCUCCGACCUCUACCCUUCCCUGCCUCUUUUCAUCUAUGGAGGGGUCCUCGUGGCUGCCUGCCCCAUCACUGCCCCCCUGCCAGAGACGCUGGGGCUGCCGCUGCCCAACACACUGCAAGACCUGGAGAGAAGGUGGGAAGAGAAAUCGGGGCAGAAGCAGCAGGAACAGCAGAUGGUCCCACUCCAGUCCUCCUGAGAACCGAGCAGGGGCAGAGGGUGGACGGAGUCCCUGCAUCUCCACCCCAGGAGGAGGAACAGAGAAAUCGCAGCCAGGGGAAGAUGCGAGGGGCCUCGACUGGACCUGUGGUUCCAGAGAAUACUUCCCCGGGGCCCCCCACUCCUGGUCAGACCCAUCCUAUCAUUUCAUUAAAAACAGCU